AUGGCCUUUGCUGACGCCCAGAUGCGCAAUGCAUUUGUGCGCAAGGUGUUUGGCAUCGUCUUCAUCCAGCUGCUGAUCACAGUGGGCGUCGCGUACUACGCGGCUUGGGGCGUGGCUUUCGGCAUCGUCCUCGUCAUCUCAUGCGUCGAGAAGGCGCGCAGGCAGUUCCCCCUCAAUGUCAUCCUGCUGGGGCUGUUCACCCUCGCAGAAGCCUGGCUUGUUGGAAUGAUCACCUCCUUCCACGACAUUGACGCGGUUCUGCUGGCGUUCCUGGUGACCUGCGCCGCCGUGGCGGGGCUGACCAUCUUCGCGAUCAACACAAAGAUUGAUGCCACCAAGUGGGGCAGUAUGCUGGGCGUGCUCACCAUCGUGCUUCUGGUGCUGGUUCUGGCGGGACUGUUCUUCCCCUUCCGCAGCGGCAGCAACAAGAUCCUUUACCUGGCAAUUUCAGGGCUGGCAGCUCUGCUGUUCAGCGCGUACCUCAUCUAUGACAUCCAGGCCGUCAUGGGCGGCCGUCGGGGCGCGUAUUCGCCGGACGACUACGUCGCGGCUGCCAUGAGCAUCUACCUCGAUAUCGUCCAGCUGUUCAUCGCGAUCCUGUCCAUCAUAGGCCUCAGCAACAACAAUUGA